UGCAUUUGUGGAUUUUUUUUUGGACAGUGUUUUAGCAAGAUUUUAUUGAUUGUAUGUUUUGUGUUCUCACUGUACUUUCAACAUUUAUUAUGACAUUAUUGUUUCUGGCACUUUGAUCUCUCCUGCUUAGAUAAAUACUUAUUUAACAAGAUGAAGACAUUGUUAAUGUUGUUUGCGCUAUUUUCCAUCGUGAAGGGUUGGACCACUUUCCAUAAAAAUCUCAACUUUUACAAGCAGCCUGCGGCUCCUAUGCCAUGCGAAGCAACUGAGUUUGGAUGCUGUUGGGAUAAAAUCAGCUUUUCAGGACCAUCUGGCAAAGGGUGCCCAGAAUGCAAGGACAUGGAUCGAUGCCCAAAGGAUAAAAAAUAUUGCGAUUUGAUUGAAAUACGUGGAUCUUGUCCAGUUACAUGUCAAGUGAGAGGUUGUCUCAAAGGUAAUUGUUACGAUGAUCCAAGCCAAUCAGGUUCCUGUUAUUUUUACAAAAAAGGAGGCUUCUGUGUGACAAAAAAGCCUUUGAUGAAGCAGAUUUGUAGAAAGACAUGCAAUUUAUGCAAACAAUCUCCGUCAGCCUUUUCAAAAGUUAUCCAGGCGAAAAAAAAUGAUGAUGACGAUUUGAUGUCCAUACUUAAGAAAGAAGUCAAUGAUGACAGCAAACAAAAGAAAAAAGAAACAGCAGAUCAAGAUUUGUUGGAUAUAUUGCUCAAAGAACACAAGAAAGCGUAGCAGCAAAAAAAUUGAACUUGAAAAGAGAGAUUUAAAGUGAAAAAAUCUGUAAGAAAGAAUUGUAAAUAACAUUUUUAUAAGUAGAAUGUCGCAGUCGACUGUGCCUGUGCAAUAUCAAUAUCCUCCUGAAUUUUUAAAAUGAACUUUGAAGUUUCUGUUGUUGUUUCAUAUUGACGCAGAUCAAACGGCAUAAGCAGUAGAACUAAUUUUAACUAACAAUCUGAUGUAAGUUUUUUAAAUAUUGUUAUUAAAGUUAUCUGUAACACUA